AUGCUAUCGCUCUUCAAUACAACAAGUGACAAGAAGGACUCUGCCCUGGAUUUGAGUAAAGAUCAUGAUUUGGAGCAUCGUAAAUCAGACAAGAACAAUGUUUUGAUGCUCAAUCGGCACUAUAUUGUCGUGUACCGUAUCGGUUUAUUGCCUCUUCCUUCUGCUCCAUUUGUAGCUCGAAAGCCACUACCUCUACCUCCAGGUCUAGACUCGGCGAGUGUCGAACACUUGAACAAGAUCAUUCAACAGUGUCUACACGAAGCCCAUCUUGAAUACGAGCCGUGGGGUCCAGUUCUUGCCAGAUUAGGUCUAGAAAUCGCUGAUGGUGCUGGAAGUGCUCUUAAAAUUGUAGGAAGAUCCGGAGUAGAUGGAGAGGUUUAUGAACGAGCUGCUCAUUUUGGACCAAGAGAUUCCAAGGAACAGAGCAGACCAAAAGUUGCUCGUGUACCCAUCCAUCAUAUAAUUCAAGUGGAGACUAUACCGACAGGAACACCUCAGGAUUCUCGCUUUCUUAAAGGAUCGUCAAAUGAAGAAAGUGGUCGUCACGGAACUCUUGUAGCAGUCCCACAUUUAAGAGACCUGGGCGGAGUGUGCAAGCUACGUGGUGACCCAAAAGAGAUUGCCAAAGUAGCUAGAAUUAUGGAACUGGUCGCCUUUAUCGCCGUUCAUCUCAAGCUAGAGAUGUGUUUAUUACACGAUCAUGGUAGUGUGCGCAUGGGAAAUCCGGAAACUCUACAAGAUGAUCACCCACCGUCACGAUCAGGAACGAUUGGAAGUAAUCUGACUGCUGCAAUCAAGAUGGUCAAGAAGAAUCACGAUACGCCGAGUAAUAGUAAUAAUAAUAGCAGUAGUCAAAGUCGAACAUCUACAAACUCUUCUGCAGUUUGGAAUAUCUUUGCCAAAGAAGGCAAAUCCAGGUCUGGCACCUUGAAAUCCCUACCUGAAGACGAGCACUUUGAUAUAUCCAAUAGAUUCGACCGAGUGAUACGUCAAAUCGAAAAGACCACACUCUCCAUCUCACCAGACGUCCAGUUUCCUCCUCCUCACCUUCUUGUAAGGCUGAGAGAUGAAGAAGCUGCUACGGACGAGCAUCAUAGACCAAAAUCGUAUGCAGAAUCGGAUGUAGAGCCCCUCUCUGACGCUAGUGUAUUUGGCAAACGAUUUCGUAGUUGGGGCAAAGAUGCGGACCGUAGCUCGGUUGCUAGUGCUACCACUAUUACUACUCAAGAUGUCAAAAGGCUAUCUACUGCUAUUAAAACAUCGCUUUCUUCCGCUGAAAAGAGUGGACUGGGCUAUUUGACUACCAAUAACAAUUCUCUCGCUGGUAUAGUCCAACAUCAGUCUUUAGCAUACUCGUAUACAUUAUAUAGAUCGUCUUCGAGUACCAUCCCGUGUCAACCGCCAGUGGUCAGAAUCUGUGAAUACUAUAAAAAAGAGCAAAGCAACACCCUCGAUUUGACGAUAGGUCAACAGAUCGAUCUUUGGCUUCGAACAGUACAUGACCCAUGCCCAGACAUAACUUGCCGUUUGACUAUGAGUCAGCAUCAACACCGAUUCACUCAUGGAUCCGUCAGAGUCACUGCCUCAAUAUUGGAAGACGACUCAGUAAUGCCCAAAGACUCGCAGUUUCAGGUCUAUGCAUGGACUGAAUGCACAAUGUGUGGAUGGAGGAAUGUGGCAGCGCCAAUAUCAACAGCAACGUGGAAAUAUUCUUUUGGUAAAUACCUCGAACUGAUGAUUUACCACCCGUCGUUUGUACCUCAAGGUGGAUGCAACCACGUAACGUCCGAUAAACGUGCUCCACGUCGAUGUUUCAGGCAUGGACGUUAUACCAUAUCUCUAAUCGCCGAUCCAAUCAGCCUUUACGAGAUGCGUGUGCCUAAAAUACAAGUAAUGCCUUCCCAUCUAUGUCCUCCACCUCAAGAGCUCACGCAACAAACUUCGUGGACCAUCUCCGAACAAGCUGAAAUCACAGACAAACUACGAAUGGAGAUUGCAUACUUUUAUGGAUCGGUAAAAGAUGUAGUCAAGAUGUUGGAGCAACAUACAGGAGCAGCAGCUGUAAGGAUGAACAAAGGGACGCCGGUACAGGUUCGAAUGCAAGUCGGUCUCGAUGAAAUGAGUCGAGAUUUCCGAGAUGAAGAGCUUGGGCUUACGGAACAGCUUACAAGAAUAGUACCAUCAGCAGCCAAUAAUUUAAGACGGCGCUUUGUAAAGAUUGCUGAUGCCACAGUUGGUCGUUUGGACGAUUGGAGGAUUCGAAAUGCUCCUUCUGUUGCCAUAUCUGAUUGUUUGCUACCAGAGUAUAUGAGUGCCAAAGGAGUCUUUCUCUUUCCGAACUCAUGUAUUGUGGUACGAUUAGAGGAGCCAAGCUCGAUAAUCGCAAUGGCACUCAAUUCCAGAGAAUACUUGCGUGAAGUUGGUAUUUGGAGAAACGCUAAAGCAUUUGGUGCUGGUGCUGCUGCCAAUGGUGUCUUGUGGGAUGUAACUGCUGGUGAUUGUCAUUUCAAGCUGAAAGCAUUCUCGCAUGAAGGUCCAGAUGCUCCUCGCGUUCAUGUAAAACACAAAUUCUCGGACGGCAAGAACUCUUUCUCUUGCGCCAUAUACUUCGCCUUCCAGUUUGAGGAGUUGCGUCGGCGCUGUGGGUUCGACAUUUCUUAUGUCAAGUCUCUGGUCCGCUGUAAUUCUUGGAGGGCCGAAGGCGGUAAAAGCAAAGUGGGCUUUUUCAAAACAAUGGAUGAUCAGCUCGUAAUCAAACAGCUUACCACAAACUGGACUACCGUGGAAAAGGAUGGGUUGCUCAAGUUUGCUCCCAAUUACUUUGAAUACAUGUCGAAUUCUGACAAAAAUCCAACCAGUCUUGCUAAAAUAUUUGGAUUUUAUACUCUCAAGCACAAAAAUGAAGUUACAGGUGUAGUCACAAGAAUGGAUCUGUUGGUAAUGGAACAUGUCUUUUGCAACAUCAAGGUCUCUCGAACCUUUGACUUGAAGGGCAUUCCAGAUCGUCUUGCACCAGCCAACGAUAAUCCCAAGAAGCAUGAUGAGCGAACCAUGUAUGAUCAAGAUUGGAUUGACGGAAGAUAUCAAUCUCUUCUUAUGAUCCAUUCACAUUCCAAGCGGCUCAUCAUGGAUUCGGUCAAGAAUGAUACAGCAUUCUUAGCAUCCUGUAAUGUUAUGGACUACUCAUUGCUUGUCGGAGUCAAUGAUGAACGUCGCGAACUUGUCGUUGGUAUAGUCGACUUUAUUGGUCGCUACACCACAUUCAAGCAUUUGGAAAAUCAGACCAAGACAGCACUAAAACAAGCCAGUCUCCGUAAUUUGACUAUUGGACGUGUGGGUCUUGGAACGAAAGAUGCUGAGAAUUCCGUCACGGUGCUCCCACCAUUACAAUAUAAGGAACGUUUCGAGAGGGCCAUGGAACAAUACUUUGUUAUGGUGCCAGACAAGUGGAUCAGGAUUCAAUCAGGCUCUGAACCUAUGUCUUCAAGUAGUGGUCCUGUGCCACCAGUGCCUCCUUUACCAUCUUCGUCGACGAAUAAUAAUAACGUGCCGCGUCUGCCUCCUCGAGCUCCUAAUAGACUACCACCCUUCGUUGAGCUGCAUGUGAUGCAUCCCCGACGGAGUCACAAUGGUGGAGUCAGCACGCAGAGAACGUCUCCAUAUCAGAAACCAGCAGGACGAAAUGGAGGUCCACAACCCCAAUCUGACUUUAUAUCUCGAGUAACGACCAAGAAUGCACCUCAACAACGAGUUACAUUUACAAACCAUGCUGCUGCUCCCUCUUCCCACAUCCAAAUGUCGAGUCUCUUUACGAAUCAUAAAGUGACUGAAGUCCGUCAAGUACACGUCCGUGCUGUUGCUGCUCCUACACGAAUGGCUGCUCCACAACAACACCACAACCAGUCAUCAUCCAUCACAGCCAGACUCAGUGGGCCUUCUGUACAGCAAAUGCAACAAAUACCAUCAACACGAGCACCGCUUCCACCACGUCCGCAAAGCACAAUCCAAUCUCGUGAAGUAUUAGAUUUAACAGAUGAGGAUGAACAGAUGGAAGAUGUAGUAGAGAUCUUGCAUCAACCAACCGCAGCAACCACUAGUGUAUCUAUUAAAGGACAAUCGAAUGGCCCGACUACGAUUACCAUCAAAAACCUACAUUUGGAAGCUACCGAGGCUGAUGUGAAAGCAUGCUUUAUGGAUUUCGGAACUAUAACCAAGACAACAUUAUCUAAAGAUCAGGCUGGCCAGUCAACAGGAACAGCUCAAAUCAUGUUUAAAGAACGCUCGGCUGCUUUAGCUGCUAUCGCCAAGUACAAUGGUCAAUUCGCCGAUGGCAAUCUAUUGGAAGUAUUUGAAACAAAACCAUCAACAGGAGUCGUUGGAGCGUCACGUCGAACAAGUGAAAUGGACGUAACACCAUCUUCAUCAGCAGCUCCGUCUCCAGUAAUCCCAACAGUGCCACUACUAAAUCCAGUGAGACCAGGUCUACCACCAGGAGUAACUCGGCCACGAGUACCUCCAAGAGCGUCAAAAGUACCAGUAGGUAGUAUGUAUGCAGAUAGGGAAGAAGAAGCUACUGCCAAGAAGGCUGCUGGAGGAAUGAGAAUCUUCCAAGGCGCCAUAAAUGCGACAACCGCAGUACCAGUACCCAUGAUAGCACCUACUAUGGCCGUAUUUGCCAGUGUGCCUGCCUUCCAACCACCUCAGCCCAUCAGAACUGCUUUAGUACAGGCCGUCACAGCAACACGGUAUCCAUCACCGAGAGAUGUUGUCAUUACAUCAAGAAUAGCAGGUCGUAGAUAA